CCAUGGUGAUGGCAGUGGAGGAUAGCACGGUGCAGGUGGUGGUGCGUGUGCGGCCCCCCACACCCCGGGAGCUGGACAGUCAGCGGCGGCCUGUGGUCCAGGUGGUGGACGAGCGCGUGCUGGUGUUUAACCCCGAGGAGCCUGAUGGGGGGUUCCCUGGCCUGAAAUGGGGCGGGGCCCACGAAGGGCCCAAGAAGAAGAGCAAAGACCUUACGUUUGUCUUCGACCGGGUGUUCGGUGAAGCGGCCACCCAGCAGGAUGUGUUCCAGCACACCACGCACAGCAUCCUGGACGGCUUCCUGCAGGGCUACAACUGCUCGGUGUUUGCCUACGGGGCCACUGGGGCCGGGAAGACACAUACCAUGCUGGGAAGGGAGGGGGACCCCGGCAUCAUGUACCUGACCACCAUGGAACUGUACAGGCGACUUGAGGCCCACCAGGAGGAGAAGCACUUCGAGGUGCUCAUCAGCUACCAGGAGGUGUACAACGAGCAGGUCCACGACCUCCUGGAGCCCAAGGGGCCCCUUGCCAUCCGCGAGGACCCCAACAAGGGGGUGGUGGUGCAAGGACUUUCUUUCCACCAGCCAGCCUCAGCCGAGCAGCUGCUGGAGAUGCUGACCAGGGGCAACCGCAAUCGCACGCAGCACCCCACAGACGCCAACGCCACGUCCUCCCGCUCCCACGCCAUCUUCCAGAUCUUCGUGAAGCAACAGGACCGGGUUCCAGGACUGUCCCAGGCUGUGCAGGUGGCCAAGAUGAGCCUGAUAGACCUGGCAGGCUCGGAGCGGGCAUCCAGCACCCAUGCUAAGGGGGAGCGGCUGCGGGAGGGGGCCAACAUCAACCGCUCCCUGCUGGCCCUCAUCAACGUCCUCAACGCCCUGGCAGACGCAAAGGGCCGCAAGACCCACGUGCCCUACCGGGACAGCAAGCUGACCCGCCUGCUCAAGGACUCGCUCGGGGGUAACUGCCGCACAGUGAUGAUCGCUGCCGUCAGCCCCUCUGGCCUGGCCCACGAGGACACGUACAACACCCUCAAGUACGCCGACCGCGCCAAGGAGAUCAGGCUUUCGCUAAAGAGCAACGUGAUCAGCCUGGACUGUCACAUCAGCCAGUAUGCCACUAUCUGCCAGCAGCUCCAGACUGAGGUGGCCACUCUGAGAAAGAAGCUCCAGGAAUAUGAGGCAGGAGCCCGGUCCUUGAAUCAGGACCCCCCAGUGCCCCCCACGUCAGGCCCACCACCUCACCAGCCCUGUAGCCCAGAGCUCCCUUUGGGGCCUGAAGCCCCCCAAGAGGAGAGCCUGGGGACAGAGGCCCAGGUGGAGAGGAUCAUGGAUGGGAACUCUUCAGACCAGGAACAGUCCCCAAAGGACAAGGACAAAGGCGCAGCUGAGGAGGUUCCAACCCAGAGGCCAGAACAGAAGCCCAAAUGCCCACUGCCAGCGGCCCCUCACCUCACCCUACAGCCCCGACCAACCGUGGGCCACCCCGCGCCACAGAAGCCAGCCAGGGCCCCUUCUGAGGAGUUGGCCCUGCAGGUGCUGCAUCUGGCCCAGCGACAAUACUCCCUUCUCCAAGCAGCCAACCUCUUGACCCCCGAGAUGAUCACGGAGUUUGAGACCCUGCAGCAGCUGGUGCAAGAGGGAAAAACUGAGCCCGGGGCAGAGGCUCUCAGGACACCCGGCCUAGCCAAGGGGGCACCUCUGGCCCAGGAGCUUUGUUCAGAGUCAAUCCCUGAUGCCCCCGGCCCUUCUCUCUGCCCAGAGGCUCCAGGAUACUCUGGCCCUGUGACCCGGACCAUGGCCAGGCAGUGGAGUGGUCCCAUGCACACUCUGGGGAUCCCAGCUGGGCCCGAACACACCCCAGCCCAGGCAUCCCGGGGGCCUGUGGAGAAGAAGAGGAGGAGGAAACCAAGCCCCUCGGAGCCAGGCAGUCCCCCAGUCCCCCAGCGGGGCACCAAGCGCCAGUGCCAAUCCUUCCUGCCCUGCCUGAGGAGGGGCUCUCUGCCUGAGGCCCCGUCUUCAUUCGGGCCCAGCACCCCCAAAGGAGGAAGGGCCUCCUCCCCCUGCCAUUCCCCUCGCUUCUGCCCGGCCACGGUCAUCAAACGCCGGGCACCCCUGGGCCCUUCCGCCAUGCAGAACUGCUCCACCCCGCUGGCCCUGCCCACCCAGGACCUCAAUGCCACCUUCGAAGUCUCCAAGGAAACCCCCUCAAAACUCAGUUUCCACGAGUGUGCUGGCUGGGAGAAAGUCCCACGGGAGCUGAGCAGGGAAGAGCAGCCCUUCGUUCCCAGUGCACCUGUGUUCCUGUUCACUGAGAAGGGCCCCAGGCCAGCAGCUUCCCUCCCUGGGGCCUCAGCCUGCAAGAAGAGGCGCACUGCCAGCUCCUCAGCUUCCCAGGGCCGCAGCCGCAUUGCCCGUCUCCCCAGCAGCACCCUGAAGAGGCCAGCUAGGCCUCUUGCCAUCCCAGAGCUGCCUGUGAGUCCUCUCCGUCCUAGUGACCGGAGGAGCGAGAAGGGACUCCCUGGGGCUGGGAGAGUGCCACCAGCUGGGAACUGCAUUGCCAAGGCAUCCUGA